CGGGCGCCGCGGGCGGCGAUGUCGGGCACCGCGCCCAAGCAACACGAGCGCUCGCCGCUGCUCGCGAAGGAUGGAACGAUCCUACCCCUCGACGCGCCUCAUUCGAAGCGACGGAACGUGCACUGGUUCGGGCUCGCGUUCAUCAUCCUCGGCGAGAUCGCCGGGCAAGGCACGUUCACGCUCCCGAAGCAGAUGAGCCGUCUCGGGUGGGUCCUCGGGACGAUCACGUGCUUGGGAUUCGUGGGAUUGAACGCGCUGUCACUGCGCGUGAUGCACGCGAUGUCGACCAGGGUGGAGGGGGAGGGGUUCACGCGCACGGGCGACGUCGCGACGCGUCUCCUGGGCGAGCGCGGGGGGAAGAUCGCGCGCGUCGUCGUGCAGCUGUACCUCUUCAGCCUCAUCGCCGCGGACCUCAACGCCAUGGGGAGAUCGGUGAUGAACUUCUGCUUCCACACGCGCGUGUGCAUGCCCGUCGCGUCCGCGCUCGCGGUCGCGAUGGCGCUGCCGUUCGCGCAGUUGAGGGCGUACGGCGACAUCACGUUCAUCGCGUCGUUAUCCCUCCUCGCGCUCGCGCUCUGCGUCCUCCUCCUCGUCUUCGCGGACGACGCGGGCGCGCACAUCGUGAAGACGUCCACGUCGCUGUCGCCGUCUAACGACGUCGCGGACGUGUUAACCGGGAUCGGGGGGUUCUUCUUCGCCGCGGGCGGGGGGCAGUGCGCGUUCUUCGAGUACUUGUCGGAGAUGGAGACGCCGGCGGAUUACCUAAAGACGGUUUCGACGACGGCGCCCACUCUAAUUGCGCUGUACUACGGCACCGCGUCGUACGUGUACUCCAAGUACGGCACCGGCGCGCCGGGGUUCUUGCUCGACAUCCUACCGUUCGACGGGCACCGGUACGCGGGAAACGCGCUGUUCGUGUUCCACCUGAUCGUGUCCUUCGUGAUCCUCAACGCGGCGCUCUUGCGCGGAUUCGUGACGCGCGACGUGACCGACAAGUCGUGGAGCGCGCGCGCGGAGUGGGCGACCAUGUCCGUCGUCGUCCUCGGCGCCGCGUACGUCUUAUGCAACAGCGUGAACCUCAUCGAGAACCUCGUGGGGGCGAUCGGGGCGCUGUUCCAGCCGGUCAUCGUGAUGUGUCUUCCCGCGACGUACGCGCUCGUCGCGAUGAAAGGCGAACGCGGGAAACGCGCGGAGAGCGUUCGCGUCGCGUUGAAGUGCAUGAUCGCGUUGGGCGCGCUGCUCGUGCCGCUGCUCACCGCGGGGGCGCUCAGGACGACGAUCGCGGACGCGAAGGACGUCGCCGCGCCGUUUUCGUGCGGGGUGUGCGUCACGAAGGCGUGCGCGGCGGCGGCGCGGUGAGGUUCGCGUCGGGGCCGGGCUCGGCGGCGAGGACGCCGGGGGGGGAGGGGGCUGGACGCGC